AUGAAAUGAGCAAUUAUUUAGUAACGUUUUCAUUAACCUCUGACAAUUGAUGCCCGCAGCCGAUCAGACGGGGAAGCUGUUCGUCGGUGACGCCGUCCUGCAGGUUAACGGCAUUAAUGUGGAGCACUGCACGCACCAGGAAGUGGUUCACCUCCUGCGGACUGCAGGUGAUGAGGUCACCAUCACCGUUCGCUACCUGAGAGAAGUCCCAUCCUUCCUGAAACUGCCUUUGGGUUCUCCUGGACUGGACCACAGUCGUGUUUCCUCUCCGCUGUUCGACAGCGGCUUACAUUUAAAUGGAAACGGAAGCAACACAGCUCCAUCACUCCCCUCGCCCUCGGCUAACGAACCAAAGUAUGAGAAGCGCUGGCUGGACGCUGUCUGUUUGCCCUUGUUGAUGGCCAGAGUCUCCAGAUACAAAGCUGGCACCGAUAAAUUAAGGUCCAACUGUUUCGAGGUUUUUGCCCUGAAUGGAACCGUCACCAAUAUUCUUCAGUUUUGCACUGCGGCUGAAAGCAUUGACUGGCUCCAAGCAAUAUCUACAAACAUCAACGACUUGACGCAGGAGAACAUAAAAAUGUUGAACAGUUCCUGCUCUUCAGAGGACCAGAUUAUUCACAUGGGCUGGACAUGUGAAACUCCAGACGGCAGCACCACAUGUCGGAGUUCAGUCUUCAGGUUCCUGGCACUGAGAGGACCAUAUUUCUAUAUCUUCAAAACUCCCCCGAUUGGCGCCCCUGACUGGGGACAAGCCGAGACGACGUAUAACCUCUAUGAGGUUCUAUUUAAGGUUCAUAAGCUGUGGAUGGCGGAGGACUGCUGGCUGCAGGCCCGGCUCUACCUGGGCCUGGAACAUUCUCCUGAGCAGCAGGACAGCAGCGAGUCGCUUUGCUUCAGCAUUCUGGUCGGCCACGGUCAGAGCCACACCUUCCGGGUGGAGCUGGCCACCGACCUGGCAAUCUGGGAGAAAUCCUUCCAAAGAGCCGUCUUCUUGGAGGUGCAGCGAGUGCGAUCCAAAAGCUACAUGUGCAGCAGCCAGGGGACAGUUCUGAGCUUCACCAUAGAUUUUGGAUCAGGGUUCAGCUGCUCAGACGUCGCUUCAACGACGGUUCUGUGGAGAUACAAGUUCUCUCAACUCAAAGGCUCCUCUGACGAUGGGAAGACGAGAGUAAAGCUGCUUUUCAAGAACGCUGAGAGCAAUCAAAUAGAAAUGAAGGAGCUGGAGUUUGCCAACCUAACUGCAGUCCUCCACUGUAUUCACUCCUUUAUCGCUGCCAAAGUGGCCUCCAUGGACCCUCACUUCAUGUGCAGUCAAAGCUUCCCUGGACAAUAUGUGAACAGUUAAAGAAAGACUCCUUCCUGUGAUUUACCUCCAAAAAUGUUUGUGUUCUUACUGCUAUUUUUCUAUAAACGUCUGUAAAGCAGAUCUCUGUGAAAGACUUUAAAGGUAGAUUACGCAGAGAUAAACGUUCUUAUCUGAUUUCCAAAAUGAAGGCAAACUUUUAUCCUUCUUUCCUUUUUUUACUUUAAAUCGAAAGAUGAGCCUGAGGAGCACUUCCUGUUACAGCUCAGGAAUAAGGAGAUAACAAUGCAGAAGGAGAGCAGCAAUAAGUUUGUCAUUCUUUAGCGACGGGUGUUAAUAAAGCUUUUAAAAGACUGAUAUGUUGGUUUUACAUUUAAAGUUCUACAGUUUGUCUCUAAUGUUUGUGAAAUCCAGGAUUACUGUGUAAUAAAGUAAAAACUGUUGUUUCAGCACCUUUCUGCAUCAUUUCCCAUAAUUAUUCUGUAUAAUUGCCUAAAUAAAACAGUUUAAUACCAAGAAAUUAUCCUGGUUAGUGUUUAGGCUGCAAUACACUCAGUAAUUUAAAACCUUUAGUUCCUAUUUUUAGAAUCAAUAAUUGACUCUGUUUGUUACGACGGAGUAUUAGGGCCAGGUUAAGAGAUUUUUUUUU